CGAUUUUCCGGCGGCAGUGGCAGCGGAGGCGGUCAAGGCGGCGCCAGUGCCGCCGCCGGCAGCCGCAGUCGGAAGAUGGACGGCGGGCUGUCACGUGUCGCCCGCAUCGCCGACGAGGCGGACGCCGGCCUCGAGUAUCACAUCAAGUUCCCCACGUCCAAGUACAAUGACUACGUCUUCGUGGUGGACGAGGACCGGCUGCCGGUGGUGUUGCUCUUCGGCUGGGCGGGUUGCCAGGAUAAAUAUCUCGCCAAGUAUUCGAGGAUCUACGAGGAGCGAGGAUUAAUCACCCUACGUUACAUAGUCCCUAUAAAAUACCUGUUAUGGAAGCGUUACCAUGUGAUCCGCAUCGGACAGAAACUAGUCAAGCUCCUCUACGACCUCAACUUCGACGGCCACCCUAUAAUCGUCCACUGCUUCUCCAAUGGCGGCGCAUUUCUCUACCAGAACUUCUCCAUGGCGUUAGAAAACACUCCUAAACAAAUACAAGUUAAAGGCGUCAUUUUCGAUUCGAGCCCCGGCCGCCGCCGCAUGUUGAGUCUCUACAAAGCAAUCUCGGCCAUCUUGGGUGGCAACUGUCUGUACAACACGACGAUGUCGUUCCUCUUCACGUUCUUCUGCUCGAUGAUCUGGCUGUGGGAGGUCGCGCAGAAAUACAUCGGCGGUGCGGAGCGCGACCUGGUGGCUGAUCCCUUCGAUCGUCUUCGCACUGAACCGCACGCAUGGCCACAGCAUUUCAUAUACUCCGAGGCGGAUGAUCUCAUAUCGCACAAGGACGUGGAAACUUUCAUCCGGCAUCGUGAGAGUAUCGGGAUACGUGUGAGCGCACUGCGGUACAAAUCCAGUCCGCACGUGAAGCACCUCAGCCAUCACAAGGAGAGCUACGAAGCGAGCGUGCUCGCGUUCGCGAACGAAUGUCUACGUGACGCCGACAUGAACGACGAAGUACGCCUGGCGCCCCCUAGCGACGGCGCAACGUAAUCAAUUAUUGAAACUGUUUCUUGUUACUAUAGUGAUAUAAAUAUUAAACGUACACAAAAUACUAAACUAAACAAAAUAAAAAAUCGGGCGGAGCUUAAACAUUUACAACCCA